AUGUCGAAAACGUGUGCCGGUUGUAUCAGGGCGCUGAUGAUAUUCUUCAACUUCCUUUUUAUUCUCAUUGGCCUCGCCAUCGUCGGGCUGGGUAUAUACCUCCUGGUGUCAGGAUACGUUAGCAGCGCUUCCGGGGAGUUAAGUAUCCUGGCUUAUCCGUGUAUUGGGUUAACCAUUUUGGGGAUUGUUCCGGUGUUUCUCGCAGUAUGUGGUUGUUGGGGCGCAUUGCGAUACAACAGAUGCUGCCUGGGAAUGUAUUUUACAUUCCUCCUGUUUGUUUUUGCCGCCGAAGUCGCUACUGGGAUUGCUGGUGUCGUUUUCAAAGAUGAGGUGCGAACACACAUUCUCAGAUACCUGAAAAAGGCUGUCGAAGACUACGAACCUACUGAAAAAUUAACUUCGCUCGAUCUUGUGCAAGCGACUUUCCAUUGCUGCGGCUAUAAGGGUCCGAGUGACUAUGGGCAUAAAGCAUUUCCUAAGUCCUGCUGCGGAUACGCUGAAUGUGACGUUUCAACCCUUCCAGGUUGCGAAAAACGCACGAAUGAGAUUGAGAAACAUACGUUGAUACUCUGUGCUAUUAUUAUUGGAUUGGCUGUUAUUCAGGCAACUCGUUGGGCUGGUCUUCUCGAUGAUCCUCUGCUGCGCUGCCAAGGAUAG